GGGGAGGAUGAGGGUGGGGGGGGAGCGGGAGGUGGUUCGUUGGUCAUGUUCAGUUCGCAGGCGCAGGGACCAGUGGAGGAGGAGGGCGAAGGGGCGGGCGGGGCGGAGGGUGUUGGCGAGUGGACGAGGAAGAGUAAGAGCUGGGCGGGUGAGAUCUGGCCGCUUCCCGGGGUGAUGGACACGCUGGCGUUGGUGUAUCUGGGGUGUGUGCUGCGGCAGGAGCCGGUCAGGAUCGGGGAUGUGUUUCGUUGGGCGAAGAACAACCAGAUACCGUUCCUUGGUGCGAUCGACUACGUGCCAAAGGAGUGGCGGGAUAGAUUGCCCGGCUGGGGCCAUCAUGCUCUUCUAACCAGAUACGCCAGGUUCCAUGGCGGCGAACUACACAGAGCAGUCGCGGACCUGAUGCUAGGCUACCAGGAGAAUCACGGAUUGGUAUUUCCAGCGAUACCGGCCUCUCCGUUACGUUUCCUCUACAUCAGGGACCUCGCCCUUCCUCCUGAGGUGUAUCAAUUUGCCCAAAAGACUUGCCGGCUCCUCGGGAUGAGCUUUCUCUUCCCAGCAAGAGGUGGGCCGCCGAAGCGAUACAGGCUUCUCGACAUACCAGAGGUUCUUUUAGUGGCGUCCCUCGUUGUGGCAACAAAACACCUGUACCCCCUCGACGGUGUCGAGCGCUUUCCCCGGGACCACGAUGACCCUCUCUGCCUCCAGAUGGACUGGGCGGUUUGGGAGUCAGAAUUCAGCACGCGGCCGGAAAAGAAGCCCGGGAUACUACAAUACGAACACAUGGACCCCCGGGAGAUAUGGUCCAUGAGCAAGGGAGAGCUGGACGAAUUGCUAAACUGGUUUCAGGAGACCCAGAUUGACAAGCACCCGACAGACGAGCUGGAAGUCGAUCGUCUCUUCCCGCUCGAAGACAUCCAGCCUCUGCCGGAAAUACCGGAGCCGACGCAGGAGGAGGUCGAGGCAAGGGUAAGGAAAGUCCAGAGCAGCAUGAGGAGAGUGCCCCCACGGCCAGACCGUGGAGAAAUGGGCGAGAACAUCCACAGGCUCGGAUCGCACUAUAGGUGCUACAAGGAGGUUGACGAGCUAGAAGGGGUCGUCAAGAGAUUCUACGAGGUGGUUGCCGAGGUGGCCGGUCUGUCGUUGCGAGACCUUGUGCGGGCGGUCUACAGCCUGGAGCAGCUGCUCUUCGAAUGGCAGCGGAACGAGAAGCGUCGGCUGAGGGCGGAGGGGUGAGCCGAGUUUGAUGGCAAGGCGCGGAGUCGGGCGUUGAUGCUAUGAAAGAAUUGCAUAUCAUGCGGCAUGUGAGAGGUUAUAGUGAUGAGAGAUAUACCCAAACAGAGUUUCUCGAGACAUGGUGUGGUAAGCUGAGGCAGGUUGGUACGAGGUGUGACGAGGUUGCCAGUGUCCAGGACAGUGGCAGGGUUGGGGUUAAGGGCAGUCAUGAACAGUGUGCUGCACUUGAU